GAGAGGGAUGGGGUGAGAGUGGCGGUGCUCCGCAGCCGCAGCUGUACUAACGUCGCUCUGCAUUAAAAAUGGAAAUGCACACUGUGCAAUAGCAGCCCGUGCAAAGCAACUCCUCAGUAAGUUACGGCACGGCUAGGGAGGUCUCAUAGCGGCGGCUUGUGGAAGAAAAGUAUCUGCGGGUCUUUUUUUGUCCAAAAAAAGAAAGGAGAGAGGGAGGACGGCAUGUACCGUGCUUUCUCCUUCCCGAUGUCUGCGGAGCGCAGCCGGAAUAAGGAGCGUCUGGAGGCGAGCCUCGCCGGCUUGUGCGAGCUGGAGCUGCUGAAGCAGAGGCAGGAAUGCCUGGUGCUCAGCGCCCUGUCCCUCGGGGACGCCACCCCGGGGCAGCCCGCUUGGGGCGACCUCCAGCCUCCCCGCUCGGCUGCUUCUGCUCAGCUCCGGAGCCAAGACGACCUGACUCUGAGACGGCAGCUGAACAGCCUGCAGUGUCAUCCGUGGAGCCUGCUGGCGGCGCUGGAACAGCAAGUGGGGGAGCUGAGGGUAGGCGUGGAGCCCAGCGUCCCAGAGGGCCCCAGCGAGGUGGGGGACAGCCGACCCAGUUCAGGUUUCUACGAGCAGAGCGAGGGCCGCUCCUCCGCCGGCCUCUCCGACACGCUGGGAGAGCUCCCCUCCCCCAGCUGCCCCCGCCCCACACGGCCAGCCUACCCCGGGGAGAGACCCAAGUCCGUUGGAGAAGCCUUCGGAGCAAACCGGGAUGGUAUGCUGGACAUGGGGUCACGGCCCGCAGUCCCGCGCUCCUUUUCUGCCCCGUACCCCUCUUUGGAGGGCAUCGCGGAGGGAGCGGCGGAGGAGGACCCCUGGCUGUGGGACUCUCACUGCCCCUCGGAGCUGGAGGGGGAGCCCACGGCCGAGGACUAUAAGCAGGCCCAGCGCGUGGAGAGCUACAUCCUGGGUCUCAUCCAGCGCCGGGCCUUUCCCCAGCGGCCCUCCAAACCACGCACCAGCCUAGGCCCCCCCGACUCCAGGGGCGUGGUCCGGCAGAGCAGCCUGUGCCGCAAGGAGCCCCCCUUAGGUCCCGAGCUGCGUAACGUCUCACCAGGGCUGGAGGGCCAAGCCUGGGCCUGCCGCAGUCUGGAUGAGCAGCACUACGCGGCCCUGCCUGCGGAGGACGCUCUGCCCGUGAUGUACGCCCUGCCCAGGCAGGCGGCCCUCACCGGGCUGCCUCGUUCCGCCUCUGUGGACUACGCAGGGGGGGGCCCCGACCCAAGUGUCAGCGAGUCCGAUUCGCCCCAACACUUCCCCAGCUACCCGGCCCCUGACUCGCCGUCGUCCUACGACCAGAUGGUGAGCGCCCAGUACAUCCCAGCGCAGCCCUGCCGCACGCCCAGCCGGGCGCCCACGCACCGGCCCCCGGCAGCCCCUAAACCCGGGAGGGCUGGCUACUCGCCCGAGCAGCCCCAGUCCCGGUCCCGGGCCGUACCCAAGAAAUGCCGCUUCAGUGAAGAACGACCAGCCUCCCGCAAGCCCGGCCGUAAGGCCUGCCGCUCACAGUCAGAGAACAGCCUUCUGGGGCAGCGGGGGGGCACCGAGAGGAAGUACAACACCGUGGAGCGGGAUGGAGGGAGGGGCGGCCCGGCCAAGAGCCGCCGCCCCCCACAGGGUAAUUCCAGCUACCGCCGCUGGCGGUCCACUCUGGAGCUCAGUCAAGAUGAAGGCGAGCACCCGGGGGAGCAAGGCCCCGCCCGGCGCCCUCGCAAGCCUCGGGCUCCGGGGCCUCCCUACCCAUACUCACACGGGCCACCCCAUGGCCACCACCACCCAGAGUACCUGGAGCAUGCGCUGAUGUGCAGGCCAGAGGAUGGGCCUCCUGCCCCGGGGGAGUCCGAGUCCAGCCUGAGCGAGGCCGAGUCCCCUGGCUCCACCUCCCUUUCCAGUGACUCUGAUGAAAGCGGCGGUCUGGUGUGGCCCCAGCAGCUGCCACCUCAGCUAGCUCCCCCCUCCCCGCCAGCCCUGCCUGGGGCCCCAACGCAGCCCAAAGCCUUCGUCAAGAUCAAGGCCUCCCAUGCACUGAAAAAGAAGAUCUUGCGUUUCCGAACAGGUUCCCUCAAGGUCAUGACCACCGUGUGAGGCUGGGGCCACACCCCCUAGCAUGCAGACAGACCUGCUCACUUUGUCCCUCCACGCUGCCACUGUGAACCAUAACCCCUUUGGUCACAAGACCCCUGCGGGCCACAGGAAGAGAUGUCGGAUAUCAAGACUGCUGUAGGUACCCCACAGACCCCUUCGCUGAUCAGGGGCUCCAAGUGUGGAGGCCUAUUGAACGGCAAGGCUCCAGGGAAAGAGGCUGGAAAGUAAGGGAGGGGGCGGACCAGCCCUGCCCAUCCCCACCAGGCAAGUCAGAUCAAGGAUGGGAAGUUGGAGCCGUUGGCAGGGAAGAGUAGGAUCAACCUACCAUUGAAGCAUUCCUGGGAUCUGAUCCCAGCCACAACCGCCAAGGUCGCCGACCCGCUGGUCAGCGCCGCCCUACCUGUAAAUGUGUACAUACCGACGUGCAGCCUGUAUAAAAUGUGUAAAUAAAUAGCUGUGAUCUAACA